GUAUUACCAUGGUGAUUGCUUAAGUUGCUUUCAUUGAAUUAAUUACUAUUGGUUUCUCAUUUUUAAACUAAUAUCAAAAUGUUUUUAGUGUUACAGUAAGAAUGGAUUCAUGUGAUUUUGGAAAAAAAUUAAAUGAUACUUGUCAUAAACUAAGUUAUUGUAGAAAGAUUGAUUUAAAGAAAUUUGAUUGCUAUAGAGAAGAUGCCAGAGAAGAAUUUAUUUGGAGAUCUGGAAUAACAGAUGAUAAAAUUUUAACAAUCUGCCUUCAUCAUGAAAAGAUUUUUGGUACACACUUUGAAAAGAAGCACACACAAUGUUGUAAUUUAUUGGACAAGCAUAAAUCAAAAAAAAAAGCAAUCAAAGGGAGUCAUGUAAUAACAUUAGACAUGGCAAAGCAAUUGAGAAUUAAUUUUCCAAAUGUUGUGCCUGGAUAUCAACUUUGUCGGAGCUGCUUUGACGCUAUAAUCAGUAAAUUUCAUGAACAAGAUAAUUGUGAAUUUGAGGAAUCUAUUUCAUGUGCUACUUCUGAAAAGUCACGAGAGGCAUUAAAUUUUAGUUUGGAAACAAUAGGUGUAUCCCCCAUAAAACCUCAUGGCAUUCCAAAGCAUCAACGGCUAUCUGUUGCUAAAAGUAAAGUUAUAAAAAUAAUGUCAAAGUAUGAAGAGCAUAUUUCAGAAGUAUAUAAUGUUAGGGAAGAAGAACUGAAGCAUAAAAUUCUUCAUACGAAAAUUAUUGACAAAAGUAAAUGUGAUGAUUUAGACUAACUAACAGCAGAAAUAAAAGAAAAGUUAAUUGUUUCAGACCAAAAAACUAAAAUUCAGUUAUUAACAUUUACACCCGAGUCUUGGUCAAGAAAUUUUGCUGCAAGAUAUUUCAACGUCACUAUAUACCAAAUUAAAGAAGCGCGCAAACUAAAGAAAAUGAGUGGGAUUUUUUCAGUUCCAGGCACUAAGAAAGGAAAAACAUUUUCAGAAAUAACAUUAAAUAGAGUCAACAAUAUAUACCAUGAUGAAGAAUUUACUAGACAAAUGCCUGGUAAAAAAGAUUACAUAAGUAUUGGUAGAAAACAACACAUGCAAAAGCGUCUUAUUUUAUGUAAUCUUAAAGAACUUUAUGUUUCUUUUAAAACUAAAUAUCCUCAAGAAGUUAUUGGAUUUUCUAAGUUUUGCAGUUUAAGACCAAAAUGGUGUAUAACUGUUGGAGCAUCAGGCACUCAUUCUGUUUGUGUAUGUACCCUCCAUCAAAAUGCAAUACUCUUGACCAAUGCUAUACAAAUGAAAUGUACUUAAAAAGAUAUGAUGACAAAAGUUGUUUGUGAUGUGACAAGUAAAGAGUGCAUGGUUCAUCGAUGUCCGACUGUCCAGGUAUGGUUUCUUUAAAGAAGUUUCUGGAUGCACAACUAAUUGAUAAUGACAAUGACAAGGAGGUGUCAUUCAAUCAGUGGCAGAAAACAGACAGAACAACAUUGAUCUAUCAGACAACAACUAUUGAAGAAUACAAAUUGAUGUUAUCAGAGGCAAUAAAAAAGUUAACAGCUCAUUCCUACAUUGCAAAAUGUCAAUCAAGAUACCUUAAGCAACAAAAGGAA